AUGGCCAAGCUGAUUCAACCCAUCACCAUGGCGGACAAACUUCGUACGCAACAAGAACUCGAACGCCUUCAGGCCAAGUUUAUCGGUACCGGUCACGCCGACACGACGAGCUGGGAAUGGCGCACCAACAUUCACCGCGACACCUACUCCUCUAUCGCCGGCCACCGCCCGCUCCUGUCCUACAUUGCGCUGGCCGAAAACGAGCCGCUUACGAAGACGAGGGCCAAGAUGAUUCGGAAAAUGCUACAGCCAGCCGGCCCUCCACCAGUGCGCGAAGACUGA